GCGAGAGAAAGACAUUGAGGGUGUGGGUGUGAAUCUUUUUCAAUCUGCUCACUCACACCUAUACCCAUACCCUAACAUCUACUACAGUACUAUAUCUUGCUUUAUUAUUGCAGCUGUAGCAGUAGGUGUUGGUCAAACGGUGGCCGGUUAUUGCAAUGCUACUAUUGAUGGAAGCUCAAACGGACUCGUCGGUCCUUGGGGUAUAUACGUUUCUCCAUUCGAUGGGACCCUCUAUGUUGCUGACUUUGAUGGUUCCAAGCUUCUAGCUUAUGCACCGUUCUCGCGCACCGGACUCGUACUUCUAUCUACUGGACUCGUUCGUCCUGAGGGCGUAUUCGUCGACAGUUCGGGUACCAUCUAUAUGACUGAUGAAAGUUCUGCCAAUGGUACUUUAUACAUUCAACGAGGUGGAAUAAAUCUCAAAAGCAUUCCAGCUGUAGGACAAUCAACAAGUUCCUGCAAUUUAACCGGACUCUACUCGGCUCAUGGUGUAGCAGUUGAUCGAUCUGGUAAUAUAUACGUAACGAUGGCUAAGUGUAACAUGAUAGUAAAAUGGGUAGUGAAUGGAACCUCUGGCGUGCGCGUAGCGGGAAAUAUAACAUCUGGUACUACCAGUGAAUUAUUUAAUUGGCCCGGAUUAAUUCAUUUGGACGAGGAUCGGGGUGCUCUCUAUGUUCCCGACGCUCUUAACAAUCGGAUUCAAAGAUUUAUGAUCGGAGGUAAUGGAACAGGAGAAACAGUGGCUGGUAAUAAUGGUAUAGGAACAGCCUUGAACCAGCUGAAUUAUCCCACAGGUAUUUGGGUAACAUACGACGGGCAAACUCUCUACAUUGCUGACAAUGGAAAUCAUCGUGUUAUGAAAUGGCAAAUUGGUGCCACACAAGGAUCAGUUGUAGCUGGCAGCGCAAAUGGCACACCAGGCAAUACUAAUCAACUUCUUAACAGUCCAGGUAGUGUGGCUCUUGAUCCAAGUGAAACGUACAUCUACGUUUCGGAUUCCUCCAAUUACCGCGUGCAACGGUUUCGUCUUCGAUGA